CUGCACCACCCGCCCCACUUUUUUCAACGAAACAAUCCCACGUCCCCCACUCCAUUUAAAUAACCUUCUCUUUUCUUUAUUUCUAAGUUUCAAUCAAACACUAAUUCGGUUAUAAUACACUUCCAUCUUCCAACCAAAUUAAUCUUUCUUAACAUAUACAUUCAUGCGGAUGAGUUGCAACGGUUGUCGAGUCCUUCGCAAAGGCUGUACUGAAAGCUGCACUAUAAGACCUUGUCUCCAAUGGAUUCCUAGCGCUCAAUCCCAAGCCAAUGCCACCCUUUUCCUUGCUAAAUUCUACGGCCGUGCUGGUCUUAUUAAUCUUAUUUGUGGUGGCCCUCAGAAUCUCCGUCCUGCAGGAGUUUUUAAAUCAUUGCUAUACGAAGCAUGCGGUCGGAUAGUGGACCCAGUUCAUGGUUCGGUCGGGUUGAUGUGCUCCGGGAACUGGCAUCUGUGUGAAGCAGCCGUCGACGCGGUUUUAAACGGGGCGCCGAUUAAACAAGUUCCUUCUGAAUUGUCGGCUACCAAGUGCCCGCCGCUUAAAUCCUCCUUUGACAUUCGACACGUUUCAAAAGACAAGAAAUCCAAUGAUGGGCUUCGCAAAGUUAAGUCCCGGGGAAGGUUCAAGCGGUCGGCUUCAAAACCGAAGCCGAAGCUGGAGGAGGUUGUUUUUGAACCGGUGAGUAAGGGAGGAGAUAGUUGGGAAGGUGACUGCUUAUCGGUGGAGACGGUGGAGGGUUCGUUGGCUAAGGGUGACGAGUUAGGCGAUGGGAGUGAUUUGGAGUUGGAGUUGACUUUAGGGUUGGAACCCAGGACAAAGAACAGAGGGAAUAAUAUCAACGGCCGCGGUGAUGCCACGUGUGGAGGCCGCGUAGAGGGUUUAUGUUAGGUUUUUGGUAUUUAUAGGAAAUAUUAGAGUUAGAGAGUUAGAUUUGUGGUAAAUAGCUUGAAGAGGAAAAGUGUUAAAAAGUUAUACAAGUUUGUUUUUGUUUGAGUAAGAAAAAUUAUAGAAGUCAUAAAAGUCGUUUAUUUGUUACAA